CGGCGCUUGAGUAAGGGAAGAAAGCGGUGGAAGGAGGGGUGGGGUUAAACUGCAGGGAGGGGGAGAUUCGAACUUUGGGUGUGCGUGGAGGAGUUAACCCUCCCUCAUUUGGUUAACUCUUUCCUCUCCGUGGUGGAAACUAUUUUUAACCCGUUCGAGGCUGGAGAGGUUUUAAUAGCUGAAGCUUGGGACGGAAAACUUUUUUUUUAAAAGCGAUUGUUGGGAGUCCAAAUUGGUGAGAAAAACGAAGAACGCCUGCACACUUAUACCUUGGCACUGGGACUGCCUUCAACUCUUUCGUGCCUGGACUGUAGCAACGUUAACCCUUGGUUGUGUGGAUUUGGACAGUUAACACUUUAUUACCUGCACUGGAGUGAGAACGCAUGCUGCUUAACUCUUCAGUGGCCUUUUCAUCUCUCGGAUCUUUCCUUUUUUCCUUAUAUAAUCAUUACUGCGUACAAGGUGUUUUUGAGGACAUACUGACUCUGUUGCCGUGGCUCGUGCUUUAGCUGGAACUUUAUUUUUUGCUUUUAAUCGUUUUACAAUUUGAGAUGUGCAUCUUUUCUGUGCUGUGACAAGCAGGAGAAGCAGAGACUGGAGAAAAAAAAAACCCUGAUACUUCCACACUUCCCAGAAGGUAACGAACAUUUAAAGACUCUUGGGUGACCAAAACAGCUGCUGGUCUUUUCUCUCUGCAAGGUUUAAUGUUUGUAACUUUCUAGAAAACUAAGGGAGAGCAAGAAAGGCAUCCGGUUUAAUACUCCUGAUAACUGUUCUAGGAUUAAGCAGUAAAAGUUCUGUCAAGUGCUGAAGUGUUAGAAGUACUUGAUUUCUCAGAACUUGUGAAGCUGGCAGCCCCAGCCCCGUCGCGAGGCACUGUUGGCUGAUUAGAUCUCCCCGCUUCAAGGGAAGAGGGAGUCGACCCCUCGGACUUAAGUAGCCACCAAGCCCCUUCGGGCUGACGAAAUUGCUGAACACACCAGCCAUGGCUGAUGCUGCCCUCUCUGCCAAUCUGAGGCAGCAACCGAAUGGCAAAACAUCUUUUCCCCCCUGCAAGGAUGCAGGUGGUGGAGACAGCGGCGGAGGGGGACCUUUCCUUGGGUCUCCACCCACCAACCAGGAACUGCUCCAAGGAAGAGAGAUGGCCGAUAGGUGGCAACCAAGAGAGGCUGCCAGGCAGCAGGGUGGCAGGCCGGUGAGUGCUGAUGUUGCCUUCCCUGGUGUAGAUCCGGCAGUUCCUGUGCUUGGAGGAAGCCAAAGUCUGGAUACCCCAGAAGAAGGAAUUGAUCAGAUUGAAGACCAGACAGUUGGUGCAACUUCAGACACCCAGGAUGCAGGCAAUGGAGAGCAGCCAGCCCUACAGGAGCAGGGAUACUGUGGGCCUGUUGACCAGAGGUGCAGAUCCCAGUCUGGUGGAGAAGAGGAAAAACAGUUGGGCAAAAAGAAACACAGGAGGCGCCCUUCAAAGAAGAAAAAACAUUGGAAGCCUUAUUACAAGCUCAGCUGGGAAGAGAAGAAGAAGUUUGAUGAGAAGCAGAGCCAACGGGCUUCCAGGGUGCGGGCAGAGAUGUUUGCUAAAGGACAGCCUGUUGCACCAUACAACACCACACAGUUCUUGAUGGAGGAUCACGAUCAAGAAGAACCAGAUUUGAAGACAAGCCUUUACCCCAAAAGAUCUGCUACAAAGUCAGAUGAGACCAGUGAGGAAGACUUUGUGGAAGAGGAAGAUGGUGGUAGUGAUGGGAUGGGAGGGGAUGGUACUGAAUUCCUCCAGAAGGACUUCUCAGAGACAUAUGAGAGAUAUCAUGUAGAGAGUCUACAGAACAUGAGCAAACAGGAGUUGAUCAAGGAAUAUUUGGAGUUGGAGAAGUGUCUUUCCAGGAUGGAGGAUGAGAACAACCGCCUACAGAUGGAGAAUAAGAAAUUUGCAGGGGACUCAACAGAGGACCCCCGGGUAAGUCAGUUAGAACAGGAACUGGACAGGUUGAGAGCUGAGAACCAGAAACUCUUGAAAGAAAAGGAGCUUGGCAGACAACAGGAGAACAAUUUCUCUAAACUGGGAGAAUGAAGCUGAACAUUUUUCUGAGGACGUAAGUGGAACUGGACAGAAACCAUCCCAAGAUGCUGUAUUCAUAUUGUGGGGUGCGUGUGUAUAUAUACACAUACACACAUAUAUAUAUAGACAGAAAGGACUCUUUUUUUGUGUGAUUUAAUCAGAAUAAAUUCAAAAUCUUACAUUGUUUUUGAAGAUAGCUCUAA